AUGACACCUCCUGACGAGCGGGAGCCGUUGCUUCAAUUCGAACAACCGGAAUCAACUCACAACCAGAGUUCUCCUGCGAUGGCUACCACAGCAGAUACCACACAGGCUACCAAUGCGCAUAGCACUGUUGAUCGUGAUGAAGCUCGUCGCAUCUUACGGCGCGUCGAUUGGCGCAUCAUGCCGCUGCUGUUUCUCACCUACACCUUUAGUUUCAUGGAUAAAACCAUUCUCUCCAGCGCCGCAGUUUUCGGAUUGAGAGAGGAUACUCACCUAAAAGGUUCCAAUUACUCCUGGGUCUCUAGCAUUUUCUAUUUUGGUUACUUCCUCUGGGCCUAUCCCACAACCCUAUUAGUUGCCCGGCUGCCGGUAGCCAAAUAUCUGGCUGCGAAUACCUUCAUCUGGGGUGUUGUGGUAGCUUUAACAGCUGUAUGUUCUAAUUAUGGCGGCCUGGUUACCGUAAGGUUCUUUCUUGGUGUAGCCGAAGCGACCAUCUCGCCGGCCUUGAUGUUCAUCACAUCUACAUGGUACACCCGAGAUGAAAUUCCGACCAGAACCGGCAUAUGGUUUGCAGGAAACUCCGUAGGCGGCAUCAUCUCGUCACUUCUCGCUUAUGGGAUUGGUCACAUUACCGAUAGUAUCAGCCCGUGGCGUUGGAUGUUCAUCAUUUUAGGUGUAGCGACCUUCCUCAUAGGAUUCGGGAUACUGUUUCUGUUACCGGAUACAAUCUCCCAGGCGAAAUUCUUAACGCCUGAAGAGCGUCAAUGGGCGGGCGACCGAAUUGUGAUCGCCGGCACUGGUCGCACCGAGAACGCCACUUGGAAGUGGGAGCAGACAUUAGAAUGUCUACAGGAUCCCAAGACUUGGUUGAUCUGGUCAAUUGCGCUACUUUGCCAGAUCCCUAACGGCGGUACUCAGAAUUUUGCCAAUUUAGUUAUCACAUCAUUUGGGUUCACGUCGCUUCAAUCAACACUCAUCAAUAUUCCUUAUUCCAUCAUUUCCAUAGCAGCCAUUUCUGGGAGCGGAUGGCUAGCCGGUCACUUCCGGUCGAUGAAUUGUAUUCUUGUUGGCCUUGUCGUUAUUCCACCUGUGGUCGGAUCGGCUUUGAUCGGUAGCCGAAGCUCAAUUCCUCAUGGCGUUUCAUUAUUUGGAUAUUUCCUUCUGUCCACCGGACCGGCAGGCUUACCGCUGCUUCUCUCACUCGUACAGUCCAAUUAUAGGGGCGUGACGAAGAAAAUGACCAUGACGGCUUUGCUUUUUAUCGCUUACUGCACCGGAAAUAUUGUUGGCCCUCAAUUAUUCAUAUCCACCGAAGAACCCACAUACGACACUGCAUUCCGCGCUAUCAUGAUAUGCUACGCCUUAGUCAUCUGUCUCGUCGCCAUCCUUAGAAUUUACCUACAAUUAACAAAUAAGCGUAGACAGCGAGAGGAAGGAAUCCAAGGGAGUGCUGGAGCUUCUGGCGCUGUUGGUGGCGGGAAGGUAGUCGACGUUGCCGAUUCCAAUAAUGUCACUGAGGCAGUCAAUACGGUUCAACUCAGGCCAGAAGACUACGAGGAUGUGACGGACUGGAAGACAUUUGGCUUCCGAUAUAGACUUUGA